AUGCAGGCGUAUAAAGGCAGAGCUGGGUCUUCCCCCAGGGCUCAGUCUGGGACACCCCUGGCAGCUUUGGGUUGCCACAUGGAAGAUCGCGCCGAGAACGUCCAGUCCAUCCCACUCCCAGCCAUGCAGCAGAACUCUAUGUACCCCCAGAUUUUUUGGGUGGAUGGCUGUGCCAACACAAAUACUUCCUGCCCCCCAACAGCCCCCAUCGCUCCUUUCCCACCACCAGUACCUGACCGGAGCAGAAAGCCAAGGAACAAGAGAGACAGGAGGAGCGUUGGCUUCCUGGUGUUGUUCUUGCUGAUCCUGGUGGCCUUCACUGGAGUGGGGCUCAGUAUGUUCCAGAUUUUCCACCUGGAGAAGGAACUGGCUGAACUCAGAGAGUCUGCCAUCACUGAGCACAUUCCUCCAGCUUUGGAGAAACUCACAGGGCAGAAGGAGCAGUCAAUGAAAAAGGAAGAGAAGGCAGCACAUUUAACAGGGAACCCAGCCCAGCAGGACCUCCCUUUGGAGUGGGAACCCAUCUCUGGCCAUGCCUUCACCAAUGGCAUUCAGUACCGUGAUCGGGGCCUUGUCAUCAAUGAGACUGGCCUGUACUUUGUGUACUCCAACGUGCUCUUCCGGAGCAGCACCUGCAGCAGCCAGAUGUUGACCCACAUGGUCUACAAGAAAAAUCCAACCUUGCCAAGCAGCUACGUGCUGAUGGAGGACAAAAUCAUAAACUACUGCACAGAUCAGAAAAAGUGGGCUCGGAAAAGCUACCUAGGGGCUUUAUUUAAGCUCAGGAAGAUGGACAGUUUGCAUGUCAAUGUCUCCAAAAUUGCUCUAGUUAAUUUUGAGGAAUCCAAGACAUUCUUUGGCUUAUUUAAACUUUAA